AUGCGUCCUUUGACCACCGCUGCGUAUGAGAAAUUAGGCCUGAUGGCCCCCUCGCGCUCGCGCUCCACCAGUCCAGAGCCGUAUGGCGCCGAGCGGCCCCGGCGCCGCGACACAAGCUGUGGCUGGCGCCGCUGGGUCCCUGGCCGGCUGGUGGUGCUAAUACUCGUACCGCUGGCCACGUUCAUCGCACUGCUGGUCAUCGGGGCCUUGCUUCUCCGCCGCACAUGGAACCCGCUCCUCUCGCAGAUCACCAUCACGGCCAACAUCCCACCGGACUUUUGCGGCCACACGCCCGCCGAGGCCAAGGCCGCCGGGUGCGCCUUUGAAAUGAACAAUUUUGCCUGGAUGCAUCCGGACUGCUACGACCAGGAGCAAUCCGAGCGAGCUCUAUAA